AUGAAAAUUAGUGGAAAACCUUUUGACAUUGGGAUUAUUCAAAUCUAUGCCCCGACUGCAGACAAAGACAUGGAGGAAAUUGAAAUAUUCUAUGAAAAUCAUCCAAGAAAAUGCUGGACAUGGAAAAGCCCUGGAGACAGCACACGAAAUCAAAUUGACUACAUAUUAAUGCAAGAACGAUAUCGCAACUCCAUCACAUCAUGCAGAUCUAUGCCAGGUGCAGACUGUGGCAGUGACCACAUCCCAGUUGUGGGAACCAUGGACGUGAAGCUUAAGAGUGUAAAGAACAAAUUUGACAUUCUUGACAUUUUAAAUUCAGCCGAGCAAAGAUGGCAAAAGAUAAAGGAAAGCAUCAACGAAGCAGCUAAGGAACAGAUCCCUAUCACAGAGAAAAGAGCUAACAAGAAAUGGAUGACACCAGAGAUCACAGAUCUCACGGAAGAGAGGGGAAGAGUCAAACAGUGGUCAGAAUAUACUGAAGAACUAUAUAAAGAUGAGAGAGGACCAGCACCACCAAUAAACACUGUCACUGAAAGUUCACCAAUUCUGGCUGAGGAAGUGGAACAAGCAAUAAAAAAGAUGAAAAAAGUCAAGGCAGCAGGGCCAGAUAAUGUUCCCACUGAAAUCAUAACAGCUCUAAAAGAAGUAGGAAUUAUGGAAAUAACAAAACUCCUCAACAUCAUCUAUGACACAGGAGAAUUACCGAAUGAUUUAACAAAAUCAAGACAGUUUGGAUUUGUGGCAGAUAAGGGCACUCGAAACGCAAUUUUUACAAUUAAUAUGCUCCUAGAAAGAUCAAUAGAAGUACAGAAACACAUAUAUCUCUGUUUUAUAGACUACUCAAAGGCCUUUGACAAAGUGAGACAUGAGGAUCUAUUCACCAUUCUAUCAAGUCUGAACAUAGAUGCCAAAGACCUAUGCAUCUUAAGAAACCUAUAA